AUGUCGAAGUGGUCCCAUGAGUUAUCUAACUACCAGUAUAAACUCUUAUACAAGAAAGGUUCUUCUAACCAUGUCCCUGACUGUCUUAGUCGUGUUGCUAACAUUGAUGCUAGUGCUCUUGAUCCACAGAAGGUCAUUCAGUACCUGGAGGAAAGAGCUGUGCCACGACGAAAGCUACCUCUGCCGUUAGAAGAGUUCGAAUUAAUUAAUGGCAUUCUUUACCAUGUUCGACACCUACCAGAACGUCUCUUGCACCCGCUGGUCAUUCCUCGGGAGCUCGUGAUGUUUGCUCUAAAAUUGGUUCACUCUUCACCUCUUGGGGCACAUUCAGGAGUGUACCGGACAUACUGGAGACCAGGCAGUUUUGUGCGUUCGUGUGCAGUAUGCCAGCGGCGCAAGGGACCAGCUUACGGCAAGCGCCUAUGGCAAACGCUCCAGAUGUUAAUCUACCACUUGAAAGACUUAUCCCUCUGCCUUGUAAGAGUGCAGAGACUGUGGCUGAGGCUUUCAUCAAUACUUCGUGACUCUCUUUGGCCACCACGUGUUAUACAGACGGAUAAUGGAAGUGAAUUUUGUAACCGUCUAUUCCAACAGGUAUGCAGCAUUAUCCAGACAAAGAUGUCAUUCACGACGGUGUACCAUGCACAAGCCAAUGGCAUGAUUGAGAGGACUAAUAGAGUGGUAAAAGAUGCGCUGGCAACUCUGACGGAGAGCCGACCAGACACUUGGGAUCAGUACCUUCCCCAGGUUCGUUUGGCGCUUAACUCCUCGGUUCAUCGAAGCAUCAGAGAACAGCCGAUCUACCUCAUGACGGGUCAUCAUGGCCACUUCCCCCUCGGGCCCACCAACGACGUCACGAUUGCAGCCGAUUCGGCGAAGAGGUUUCAGGAACGUCUUCAGGUGGCGAGGUCGGUGGCGGUGGAAACUUCGAGUCGUGCACGAGAAGGUUGGGCGCGCAUCUACAACAAACGCGUCCGCAAGCACUUUCAGCCUAAUGUCGGGGUCCUUGUCUGGGUGAAAGUCCACCCGGGGCACCGUCGUGGUCCAGGUCGCGCCCUUGGUGACCGAUGGCGCGGUCCCGCGAGGAUAAUGAAAAGAAUCGGACCAGUGUCUUACUUGUGCAAGGAAGUGAACGAGCCAUACCGCGAGCUGAAGUGCCACAUCAAUCAAUUGAAGGAUUUUGUUCCUGAACAAGAAUUGCUAUUUACUGAUGACGUUGCUGAUAACUCGCUUCCCCUAGAAUGCGGAGACUGGGAUGAGCCUGGAGAGCCAUGGCGUCUCGCCCUUUUAUCCGUUGUUCGGUCUACAGAAUUUUAA